GCCUGUGUGUGGUUGUCUCUGGUUUGGUUAUCUGUGUGUGGUGAUUACGGACACGUCGGACAAACCGCCUCCUCGGAUUAUCUUGUGACUCAAGAUUGGGAUUCCUUAUUAAAAGAAGUGAUGUUUCGACGAAGAGUACCUUUCACACAGAUGGCCUUUGCCACACUGCUCGGAGUUGCUGGUGGUAUUUAUAUCUACAGGCCUUAUUUUGACCCGGUGCCGAAGAACUCAGGACAGCAAAAUGAGGGCAUGACAAAGAAACAGAAUGAAACAGACAAUAAUUCAUCACUCUCAGGAAAUACUUCACAGACAGAAGCCAGAAUAACUAAAUGAGAUGCUGCUGGACUGUCAGAGCUGCAGGCUGAACAAGAGACAAGACCAAUAUGGAUAAAUUCAUGCUUCUUUGGAGUGGUCUGUGUGAUUGUAAAUGUACAGAAUAAAAUAUUUGG